AAAACAUGUGUUCCUACUUAUAACACUCUCUCUUCUUAUUAGUAUAAAUAGCAAAUCAAUUGAUCAUUCUUUCAUCAUCUUCACUAGCUAAUAAUUUAUCUUAAACACAAUCUCCUCCUUCAAUUCAUAUUAUCCUUUCUAUUUUAAGAAGUUAUGGGUGUCUUCACAUACACAAUGGCCGAGCUCACGAGCCCGGUUGCACCGGCUCGGUUGUUCAAUGCUUUCGCCAUUGACAACCAUAACUUGUUGCCUAAGGUUGUACCUGAGUUUAUUAAAAGUAUUGAGUAUGUUAAGGGUGACUCUACUACUGUUGGAUGCAUCAAAAAGAUUAGCUUCCCCGAAGGGGCUCCAUUCAAGUACGUAAAGGAUAGAGUGGACGAGAUUGAUACAACCAACUUCUUCAUCAAAUACACUAGCAUUGAAGGAGAUGUACUUCGUGAUACUUUGGAAUGUGCAGUUUACGAGCACAAGUACGAGCCUUCAGGCACCGGAACUAACUACAAGAUGGUAGCACACUACCACACCAAGGGAGAUAAUCAAGUGAUGACUGAUGAGGAAAUUGCUAUGGGAAAAGAACACAUUAAGAAGAUUUUCAAGACUGUGGAAGAGCAUCUCAUUGCUAACCCUCAACUCUAUGCUUGAGGCACUUUAUUCGGGUUCGAAUGAAUAAUGUUGACUACACUGCAUUACCUUAGUUCAAAUUAGUUGUGGUCGAUCGUGUUAGUUCAAAAUACAAUAAUCAACACGAUUAUUAAUUUUGGAUAAAGGGGGUAUAGUUCAAAUUUACGAAUGAGUAAUAUGACUACCAAAAUGUUGUAAUGUAAUGUGUGUAAUGUUGUACUUGUUUGCUUUUUAAUUGGGAGGGGGUGCUGCCGUGGGAGAUGAUGCAUGGUUGUUGAAAAGAAUAAAAUGUUUGGUAAUAAUUACUAUAUUGUUAUUGAGUUUGGUCUUUCAUGGUUUCUCCUUGAUUAAACACCAUCAUAUAUAUAGCUGUUGUUUCAAAAG